UGCAAUGCGCCGAUUUUGCAACAUUGACAGCCCUGAUUCUGGUGUCAAAUUUUCGUGGAAAAACCAAAGUAUGCACAGUUAUCGACGAUGCAAGAAGACUAAGAGAACAUCAUGCAUUCAAGAAAACGGUGGGCAGGCGAUGAGCCUUUUGGAUCCAAAUGGAGCUCAGGUUUGCGAGAGUCUCCUCCCAAGCUGCCAGCGCAUGGGAAGUGGUGGAAAUGCCUGACGGAUUUACCUUCAAGAAAUCAGAAAUGGGGAGGACAGGGGGUGAGAUUUGGAAUACUACCAGGAAGAGAAUUGGACUACGUGCACGUCAAAACCUUGGAAGAAAUCCGGCAAGAGAAAGAACUGAAGAAAAGGAGAGCACAGGGUAUACCAUCAACAGACACAAGGCCUACAGUCAGUACACUUAAAGUUCGAGAUCCAUCAUGCUCCAUUAAUCAAGCCAAAACUCCUUCACAUCUUCCAAGACCGUGUUCCUUAAAGACGCACCAACACAUGGAUGCUAAGAACAAGGAGCGAGCCAUUAGUGUGCUGAAUAAGUAUCUUAAGGAUGGAAUCUAUGAGAACAUUCCCCAAGUCAGCAAAAUAACAGACUUAAGAAGUAGACUCUCACUGGGUGUGAAAUUUGUCGCAGAUACUACGGACAGGAAUCAUUGUGGUCAAGUAAGAGAGACUUAUGUUCAGAACAUGAGGAGAAGGGAACCUAUAGAUGGAAAGACAUUUAGUAAGGGUUCUCGAGCUUGGUCUGGAGGGUACCUUAAAUUACAGACCGCUAGUCGGACACACCUAGGAGUGGGUAAACCUGAUGAGGAUCAAUAUGCAGGGAAAGCUCAGGAGGCGGACAUGGAUGAAGAUGAUGCGUGUUCCACAUCUGAUGUAUCUGACGAGGAAGACACUGAUGAGUCAUCCGAUGACGCUUCAGAUGGUGAAGUCCAAAUUAGGAAUGUUGAGCAGGAAAUUGGGAGAGACUCUGAAGAUGAUGAGACAUCAGAUGGAUCCUCCGAGGAUGAACUAGACAGCUCUGAAUCAGAACUCAGGGAGUCAGACGAUGAAGUGUGCAAUGCUCAUAGGGCUGAUAGUGAAAUACAGACUGGUGCCAGCAAUGAGCAAACUGCACACUCUGAAUCCGAAGAGAAUGGAGAAGUUGACGAAGACCUUGGUAGGGAUGAAAACAUCAAUGAUCUGAUUUCAGAGGAGGAGUUUGAGAGCCUUGAAUCAGAUCAUGAACUCUGUUGUACAGAAGCCAUUGAACUUGAAAGAGUCACUGGUAGAGGAGAUGGGCUAGUGGAAGUCACCAGCAGACAAGAUAAGAGACAAGUUGAAGAAGGCUCUGAGGAUAGGGUGUUCACUGCAGACGUGCAUGAGGAAUCCAGUGACCUUUGUGACAGUGUUUCAAAUGAUGAAGUUUGUGGUGCAUCUGCUGAUGAAGUUGCACCAGACUUUGAACCUGAAGAGAAGCAAAUUAAAGACUUGCAGGGAAAAGAAAGUACAGACGAGAAUGAAGAUACUGAAGUUGAUGGAGAGUUUUCUGUCGAAAACACCGAUGGAGAACCAAAUUGCUGUCUGGAGGAUAAAUCAUUGUUUUCUAGAAAAAUUGCAGCUGUUGAUGAUAUGCCAUUAGACAAAGAGAACCAAGAUGAGCAAAUACAAAACUUACAUGGGCAAGAAAGUAGAAGAGACAAAGAAGAUAUUGAAGAUGGAGGAAAGUUUUUUGUGGGAGACUCUGAUGGAGAACCAAAUUGCAGUGUGGAGAAUACAUCGGAGGAAGAUUCAUCAUUUUCUGGAACAUUUGUUGAUGAGGUGCAGCCAGACAAAGAAAACGAAGGUGAGCAAAUGGAGGACAUACAGGGACGAGAAAGUGGAGAAGGCAGUGAAGAUGGUGGAAAAAGGCCUGUGGGGGACUCUGACAGAGAACUGAAUGGCUGUGAGGAGGAUCCGUCAGAAAAAGAACAAUCAUUUUCUGGAUUAAGUGCAGCUGUGGAUGAGAUGCAGUUCGAUAAAGAGAACAAAAAUGAGCAAAUGGAGGACUUUCAGGAACAAGAACGUAGACAAGACAAAGAAGAUAUUGAAGAUGGUGGAAAUUUGCUUGUGGAAGAUUCUGACAGAAAAUCAAGUAGCCAUGGAGAGAAUCAGUCAGAGGAAGAACCAUCAUUUCCUGGAACAAGCACAGCUGUUGAUGGGGUGCUGUUAGACAAAGAGAAUCAAGAAAGUGGAGAAGACAGUGAAGAUGUUGAAGAUGGUGGAAAGUUGCCCGUGGAAGAUUACGAUGGAGAACCAAGUUGCUGUAAGGAGAAUCAUUCAGAGGAAGAACCAUCAUUUUCUAGAAUAGCUGUUGAUGAGAUGCAGCAAAACAAAGAGAACAAAUAUGACCAACUUGAAGUGGAUAUUUACGGAGACAAACAGGACAACGAAAGCUUGUUUUCUGUGAUUGACCACGAACUGUUUAUCCAUGAGGAAUAUGAUACUAAUGUACUCUGUGAAGCUGAUGAGCAGCUAGAAAAGGAGAGAGAAUUGGCUGGGAUCAUUAACAGAGAGGCUAUGGAGGAAAGAAGGCGAGAAGAAAGGGAAGCUUUGGUAACGGUUAUCAUUGAGGUCUUUGACAAGGAUGACGGCCACAAGAUGGAUACAAACCUCCCAGCAAAUAGAACCAGUAGACCAUGUCUUGACUUUGAAACAAUGGAACAAAGUGAAGGAGGACCAACAGAUGACAAAGGAAUCACAAAGAUUGGAAAGGAGGCGGGCAACAUCUUAGACGAUGACAUCUUGUCUGAUGAAGGCUCUUCAGAAAAACCCAAAUUGCCUCAAGCGAGGAAGACAGACAGCAGACCCAGAGGAGAUACUGUAGUUGAUGUUACAAAAGAAAGAGACUGCGAAGAUGAAAACACGACAACUGGGAGUAAAGAUGAAGAGGCAAGGCAGAUUGAAGAGAUUAGCGAUGGGGCCUUAUUGAUUUGUGAAGCCAUUCUGCCUCAAGAAGACAACUGGGAGAAUGUUGUUAGUGAAUUCGAUGGUGGAAAAGAAACGAGGGACCAGCUCAAAGAAAAAAACCAGGAACAUUUUGAAGAAGAUGAGAAGAGAGUUCCGAUGGGAAGUGACAGUAUUGUUGGCCAAGGAUACGAUGAACCUUCUCACGAUAAUUUGGAGAGAUAUGAAAGACAACUGGUAUGCAUAAUAGACAAAGUAAAAAGUGCAGAAAUGGACCUUGGUAAGAAAGGCAGACCAAUUAAAGAUCCGCACUGGGAAAAGGAUGACGUUCAGCAUGACAAAGAUGAGGAGGCGGUAAAAGGCGGCACAGAAGAUGGAAGUUCAUAUGAGCAAAAGGCCCAAAAGGACAUACAUUUAUGUAAUGAUGGUGAUGGUCAAAUCAAAACGGAUGGAACGCCUGAAGAUGGACAAAAGAAAGAUGAGAACAUUUGGGAAGAUGGAGAAGUCCGAGAUGAUUACGCGGAGUUGGGGUAUGAAGACGUUACAGAAGAAGGGACUGCAUUUGAUAAAGACUGUCUUCAAGAAGUGGAACAAGGGUCAGUCGUAGAAGACCAUGAAGACAUAAGUAUUGCUGCUGAUGAUGUAGCAAACAACAAACAAGGCUCAACUGAAGAACAAGAGGAAGAAGUUCCAGAUAGUGAGAUUAUGGAGACUGAUGAAGACAUCUCAGAGAAUGAUACUUCAUCCAGUGGAGUGUGCGACAAAGAAAUUGUUGAAGAGACAAUUUUGAGAGGCUGGGAAGAGAAUGAUCGGGAAGUAAAAGGUGACAAGCUUGACGAAGGUAGAACAAGUGAAGAUGAAGAAUUACCAGAAGAUGACAUGAAAGAAAUGGAUAAAGAUGAUAGAGACAGACGCACAGAAAUGAAGAACAAAAGUAAAGAAGGAAAGAAAAAUGAAGCAAAAAAAGAUGCACAAAAUGUCCAAGCUGUGACUAGUGAAGUGAACCCUGUGGGUCAAGACAUUGGUACACACAUGGAUUGCCAGAUUGGGUUGGAAACCAAUAAAAAAUCUCUGGAUUCUCAAGCAGAAGUAAUUAACAUGGACAUGUGCUGUCAACAUCAAGAGCUGGAUGGAUAUUCAAUCACUAAAGAGAUCAUGGUGGAUGACACAAAAAAACAUACAGAUGAUUCAGCAGCCACUGAUGAGCCUUCAGUUAAUCACCGACAAACCAGAGUGGGUAGGAACAAAAGACGGUUGGUUCAUCAAGGAGUUGGAAAAGGUCAAGAGGUCGCAGACAAAGAAGUUGCAUGUGAUGACAGAGGCAGUCUGGAGGAGGAUGCUGUAAACAUCUCAGAGAAACAGGUGAUGGAAGAUGAUGUAGUGGGUAAAAGGAAAGUGGGUCGGCCACGCACUCGACCUCAAACACAGAAGAGAGGCACAACGUUAAGCAGGAUAAAAAGAGUAACCACUCUUGGGAGGAGUGUUGUAAUGAGUUCAUUGAGGAUGGAAGGCGCUGAUGCGGUGGUUAAGAGGAAAAGGGGUCGGCCUCAUGAACUUAGAGAGACCAGUAUGGAAACAAACAGGCAGAAUUUACACCCUGGUGUCGUGAUUCAAGAUUAUGGGGUGACUGAAGAGAAACCAGAGGCUGUUCAUCCAAAGCAACCAAAAGUAACACGACGGAAAGCUAGACAAAGGAUGAUGUCAAGUGAUGGGUCGAGCAAGGAGUUAGGGCAAGGUGAUGCAAUUCAAUUGAUUCUAGAACAAGGUGAGGUGUUAACAUCUGGGAGUCGGCCAAGUCCUGUGGUAGAGGUUGAUGUUAGAUUAGGUAACGACAGGGAAAGCCACUCUGUGGUUUCUCCAGUCAGCAAAAAGAGGAUGACACGGGCCAGUUUGAAACCGCGUUGCUGCAGGAGACUGAGGGACAGAGAUGAUGUGAUGGUUAGGAGGAGAAGAGGUCGGCCUUGCUCUCGACCUGUAGGCAUAGAGAAAGAUGAGACUUUAAGAGCAACAUUUAGAGCAUCCACUGAGGAAGGGUCGCUAUCUCCUGUAGAUCCCAAGAAACUAACUGCAUCUUCACUGCCACAAGCUGAGGGAAAUACGGACAAAAAUGCCCAGCCAGUUCAGCAUCAGGAUGACUCACAGCAGGAGUCACCUACCCAAAAGCAACGCAGGAGACAGCUAGACAACAUCUUUUUUGAUCACAAAGACGAUACCACCCAGGAGUGCCUGAUACCUUGUAUUGUUACAACACAAUCCUCCUGUCCUCCUCUACCACAAACAGAGGGGAACACUGAAGAAGGCAAGGAAGUACAACCAAUUAUUCAAGGGAGAGCCCCAGGAAAUGAAUCCACAGAAUGUUCUCAAGGUUUGGAUACAUCAAGAGCUGUCAAAACUAGAGGGAGGAAACCAUUAACCCCAAACAUGCCUGCAUUUCUUGGUCCAACGAUAGGUGAUGAGGCAAAAACUGUCAAUGAUGCCAAGAUGCAAGUAACUUUGUCUAAGACACUUGAACCGAAAGCAAUGCUAAGUUGUGUUUCAGGUGAUGAUACAGCAAAACCCUCUGGCAACAGAAGGAGGAAGGCUAAGAUACGUGAGGCAUCAUCUGACCUUUCAUCAGGACAAUCAGAGGAUCAAAGUGACAAGGACAAUACUUCUAAAAGUACCUCUCGAAGUAUAUCAGCUGCGCUUACUUCGCCCUUUAGGACGCGACUAAGAAAGAGGAGUCAGCUGCAAGGACUGCCAACUCCUGAGGUUGAGGCAGAGACUAGUGUACAUACUGCCCAGAUGCAGCAGAUGUCUGCCUCACAAAGUCAACCAAAGGCAGAUUCCCCAUCAAAUGAAACGGUGAUAUACCAGGAGAGCUUUAAGAACGCCAUCAUUCAAGAAAUGGCCUCCUUUUACCCUAUAAUCAACCUGACGCCAUUGCAUGUACCAGAGGCGUAUUUAAUUGCAGAUGCCUCAAGAAGGGUUUCAGCGAACGAGUGUGGCAUAAUAGAGAGGGGAACCAGCUCAACUUGGUUGAAGGGAAGCUUUAUGCCUGAAACAGAAGAUGAGGUUAAUAGUGAGAAUACAGAGGCACAGCCACCUGAGGUCGUCUCCUGCACUUCAGCAGCAAAGUUGGAUUCUACUACAAACAAACAUCAGAAGUGGCUCGACGCAAUAGUUGGUGUUGAUUGUUCACUUAGUACAGGUGCUGAUGGUUACUGUAAAGUGGACUCAGAGAUUCAUCUGAGGCUUCCUGAAAACCUUUCAAAGGAAAUGUGUACUGAGGAGAAUCCCAUUGCCAGGAAGAGGAAACUAACAGCAGGGAGCACCCAACAGAGUGAAUCAAGCCGACAGGAGUCCAGACCUGUUAGAGGGAGGGCAAAGGGUGCCAUGAACUUAGGUGUACUCCCUGAAAAUCCUCCACCUAAAGAUCCUCGACCUGCCCAAAUCGAGGAUAAUGGUAUUGUCAAUCCUAGCGCACAAUCGGCACCCUCUGCAAUUAGCUCACAAAUUCUACCAAGUACUUGUGACGCAGCUGGGAAGAAAAUGAGGACAGUAGGCAGAUGGAGAAAGAAGCUCCAGGACCUAGUCUCCAGUGAGCCUUCAUCUAAACAAGCUGAGGAGAAAUGCUAUGAAGAAAACCUCAAGAUCUCUUCUGAAAGUAUUCCCGAAAUUGACCCUGAACCCAAUGUAAGGAAAGCAAGAACUACAAGGAAAUGGAGAACGAGGCCUUCAGAAGCAAACACUAGAUACCCUUUGCUGAAGCAAACUGAGGCAGAUGGCAGUAAAACUAAAGAUACAGGGAUAAAACUGCCGGCUCCUGACCCAGUACAAAGCAACCCCCCAAAAAGGAGAAUUAAACUGAAAAGGGGAAUUAAGCCUCCAGAGGUAGCCAAAGAUGACGACGGAACAACUCAUCCAGUGCCAAUAUCUAAUUUGAAUACUUCACAAAGUGAACGAACCAAGCUUGGCUCUUCAGACGACACUGUUAAGAGAGGAGAGUGCUCCGUUACCCCUGAGAAAGACCCGGCAAAGAUUUCUGUUACGAACGAAACAUUCAUGCAACAGAUUCCUCGGAUGGAUGUCUCUGAAAGUUCUUUAAACAUUUUUGACUUGAUUAUGAAGAGACAGGUUCAGGUGUCUUUACCAAUACAAGCAGAGGUCAACGUCACAGGAACAGAAACAGAGGCAAAGUUGAUACCUCUUGAGAAUGCCUUACAAAGUGAGCGUUCAAAAACUGCAAAGGAGAUAAUAAGUCAUCACAGUUCUACUUCAUCCAAACCAUCAACACAGUCUGACGAAAAUGAUUGUGAAAAGAGUGCUAAGUUCCAGGUGCAAGCAGAAAAGAAUACAGAGCAAGCUGAUUCAAAUCAUUACGAUGCCAUUGGAACAAAAUUAAGAACAACAAAGCAGAGGGGGAAAAUGUCUCAACAAAUUAACUCAUUUGGAUCCUUAUCGACACAGUCUGAGAUAAAAGAAAGUGACAGGGAUAUUGAAGUACCCCAAAAAGCACCUGAAAACGCUGUGCAAAGUACUCAAAGUCGUUGUGUUGACAUCGGAAAGAAACGAGGAAGAAAAGCGAAGAAAAACAGAAUGACACCUCCAGAAAUAGUCUUUUUUGGAGCCUUGAAUAAAUUGCAUAGUGAUCCAAGUCUUUGUGAAGCCAUUUUUAACAAAUCCAGGAAGAGAAAGAGGAUAGCGACUCAGAGGUUUGCCUAUUCUGACUCAUCGACACAGUCUGAGGGUAUUGAUAGUGGCAAGUCUAAAGAGGUACAUCAAGAAGCUUCUGAGAAUGCUUCAAAAAGUGCACAACGAAAUGCAAAGAGAAGAAGAAAACAGCCUUCUGAGCUAGACUCCAGUGAACCCUCGUGGACACAGUUUGAGGGUGAUGACAAUAACCAGUCUGUUGAGGUACACCACCAAGUUUGUAAUGAUGCCUCCAUAACAAAUCCAGGUCGUUGUGAUGCCAUUGUACAAGAGGCACAAGCUGUUAUCACACGGUCAAGAAAUAUUGCUAGAGACAACUUAUCUGACCCCACAAAGCAGUCUGGAGAAAAUUAUAGUGGAAAGGAUUUUGAUGUACAAAAUGAAGCAAUUACAAAGCACAGUGCACCAACCAGAAACAAGUCCCGUAUCGAGGAAAGACAAGCCGGUUGGAAGAGGAGAGAAACGAUUUCUCAAGAGGCAUUCCUUUCAUCAGAAGCUGGUGAGGAUCAUACUGAAAAGGAUUCCAAGGUACACAAAUUGCCUCCCAGAGAUACCUCAAAGUCUGUCCAUAAACAAUGUGACUUAGUUUUGAAGAAGCCAAGAGGUCUUCGAAAGAGACGGAGGAAACCCAUUAGUAAAGAGACGGUCUCGACAGACUACUCCUCAUCAACGCAAGACAAAGGUGAGGAGAAUACCAAUUGUGAUGCUGUUGUAGACGAGUCAAGAUCCGCCGUGGUUUUCCGAUCAAAUACUCCCAAAAGAAUCUCUCCUGAAGCUGGUGUUUUUAACGGAGAUGCACAAUCGCAGGAGAACACCAUUUUGGAGGAAAGUAUCUCGAAAGAUGAAAUAAACUUUCUCCAUUUGAUGAGGGUACAGGAAUCCAAGGAGAGCAGUGUACAUGGUCAUGAAGGUGAUACCGACGAAGAUGAAGUUUGUGAAACUCUGCCUAAAGUUAAGAGGAGGAAGACAAAUGAUGGAGGACAGAAUAACGCUAUCAGUAAACUAAAGAGGAAACCAUUUAAAAAGAGGUUUUCAACCAGCCCCCCUGAAAAACCAAGGAUGUGCUCCGAAGGUGACCGGGUGGCAGGUCCAUCUGGUGAUGCCCAAGUGUCCAAAUUGUCAAGUUAUGAGGACGGAAAAGAGAAGGGUCUGAAGUCGAGCUCAGAUGCCUGUGGUGAUGCUGCAACAACUGGCUCUACAGUGCCUCAUGUAGAUGGAAGUGAACAAUACAUCUGGAGUAGGAUUCUGGGGAAAGUUUCUCUCGCAGAGAUUUUAACAAAUCAACCCACGGUCCAGCUGUCACGACUCAAGUUCAGAGAAACCAUCCCCCUGGACGCAAUCGCUUCAAAAAAAUUCUCAUCGCCCAGCAAAAGGCGUGUGAAACAUGCUUGGACCCGGAGGCGCAAAGUGAUGUCGAUUGCCACAAUUGCUCGGAGAAUGACGAAGGGCUUGGAGGCUAUUCAAGAGACGUGGAACCGCCUUGGAUUCCAGAUCCCAUCUGAGCUUACUUCUGCCACCAUGGAUCGGACUAUGGAUGGUUGUCAUCGGUCAACAUUGCCCAAGAGAAGUUUGGAUGGAGAGCGGAGAUCUGUAUCUGAAGGAAGAAUUAAAUACUCAAGUGGAACACCUAACUCGGCCCCUCCUAUUGAGAUUGUGGAGGCCCCGGAGGUUGCCCACACUGUUGAAGUUGUCUCAACAGACGACCUGCCUGUGACCCCAAGGUAUGAAGGCUGCUUCGUUCCAAGGGCACUUCAAGGAUCUGGGAAGUCCAACAUCAGACCUUCCACUAAGCUUUCCUCAUGUGGGUUGGAGGUUAAUACAUCAACUGCUGAUUCUGCAACUGCUAUGGAUAUUGACAGCGAACUGGAAAACCAAGUUAGCAUCUUAUUGAGUGAGUAUGAAUCAAUGGAAGUGGCCAGCAGCACAGUUGAGAUGAGCUCCUCUGAGGACAUCUGCGGCAGUGACACUUUCUUCAUUGCGUCACCGUCCGUCAGAGUAGUCGUCACUCCAGUGGACAUGAUGCCAUCGUUCAGCAGCCGCCAGUCCACCCUGGAUAUGCUCCGUACACUCCCACGGAUCCCGGUCACCGGUGGGGAAGCCAGAGCAAGAUGUACGCCCAUUUUCACCGGCUGUUCCGAUGAUAUGGUAUCGUCUAGAAGUAUGUGGAGGGCAUCGCGCUCAACUGAUACCACUUCAGAUGAUGACAGAUUAGACUCUAAAAGUCAAGGUAAUGCCUUCAUGGAAGGUUCAAAUGGAUCUUUUUUGUUGAAUCAAGAGCAGAAGUGUAAUGGUCCAAGUCCUCCUAGUUCUCAAGAGCCAUUUGUUGAUUGGCAAACAUUUUCAUUGAGCACAGAGCAGCAUGUUGGUGGUCAAACUCAUCUGUUGAGCCCAGAACAAGUAGAUGGUCAAGCAUCGUCAUUACAGCAGACUGGCGGUCAGUCGGGCCUGUUUAGCCAAGAAGAAAUGAUUAGAGGUCACAAUGAUAUUCAAACACCCUUGUUGAGCCCAGAGCAGCUGGGUGAUGGCCAAUUGCCCUUAUUGAGUCCAGAGCCACAGGUUGGUGGUCAAAUUCCGUUGUUGAACCAAGAGCAGCAGGUUGAUGGUCAAGCGCCCUUAUUGAGCCCAGAGCAGCAGGUUGGCGGUCAAACUCCCUUGUUGAGUCCAGAGCAGCAGGUUGGCGGUCAAACUCCCUUGUUGAGUCCAGAGCAGCAGGUUGACGGUCAAUCUCCCAUGUUGAGCCCAGAGCAGCAGGUUGGCGGUCAAACUCCGUUGUUGAGCCCAGAGAAGCAGGUUGACGGUCCAUCUCUCUUGUUGAGCCCAGAGCAGCAUGUUGGCGGGCAAAAUCCCUUGUUGAGCCCAGAGCAGCAGGUUGAUGGUCAAACUUCUUUGUUGAGUCCAGAGCAGCAGGUUGGUGGUCAAACACCCUUGUUGAGUCCAAAGCAGCAGGUUUGCAGUCAAACUCCUUUGUUGAGCCCAGAGCAGCAUGUGGGUGGUCAAACUCCGUCGUUGAGCCCAGAGCAGCAGGUUGGUCGUCAAACUCCCUUGUUAAGAACCGAGCAGCAGGUUGGUGGUCAAACUCCUUUGUUGAGCCCAGAGCAGCAGGUUGGUGGUCAAACUCCUUUGUUGAGUCCAGACCAGCAGGUUGGCAGUCAAACUCCUUUGUUGAUCCCAGAGCAGCUAAAUGGAUGUCAAGAUCAUGUAUUGAGCCCAGCACAGCAAGCUGAGGUUCAAGUUCCUCUGCUUAACCCAACACAACAGGUUGAUGGUCGAAGUCCUUUCUUGAAUCCUGAGCAACGGAUCAGUGGUCAAGAUCUUCUGAUGAACCAAGAGCAAGUUGAGACUGCAAAACAGGCACUUUCUAAUGCGCUGGAUAAAGAAAGCAAUAGACUUGCACCUUCCCGAUUAGAAAGCAAGUCUGAGGAGAUAUUGCCUGUUAAGAACUGUGCUUCCGUACCAGCUUCUUGCGAGACUGCAUCUAAAGGAAGUACCCCUCCCUCAUCCCAAACAGCUUUAUCUAUGCCUGAUCUGGGACGAGAGGUGUUGCAGCAGUACCAUGCAAGUUCUCCUCCGUUCCAACAAAUUUCAGAAAGUCCAAGACCAGUUGAUCCUGCAGCGGCAAACUAUGAAGAGGAUCCGCAGGAUUUGUCCAUUGGCCUAGGGGACAUUAUUCUGUCUCCCCUGGUGGAUAGUUUUGAGUUUCCCGAGGAGGAUUGCCUGUCCUUACUCUGUGACUCACCGGGGUUCCUGGAUGACUUCGGUGAUGAGCUUCUUGAGAUAGACAAACAGAUGGGCCAAUCAGAGAAGAGACAAGCGGGUGGUUAUUCGUCACGACACGCCAAUUCUCGGCAGGGGACUAACAACGCUGACAGUGACUCAGUGAGGCCCAUCAAUGGAAAUGCUUCCCUCCAAACAGUGGACUGGUCCGAAGUUUCACAGUAUCAGCCAAUCAACAGCCUUACUGGUGGGGACUGUUCCAUCUCCAGUGCAGGCAGGGUGAACAGGAAUAUUGAGGGGAAGAUUUUGGGCAUCAACCAGCCCCAAGCAGCGCCUUGGACAGGCUUAGCAAUGGCAAAUCAGGUUUCUAUCCCAUUAGCAGUGGCCUAG